AUGACUAUCUAUCUAUCUAUCUAUCUAUCUAUCUAUCUAUCUAUCUAUCUAUCUCUCUCUCUCUCUCUCUAUAUAUAUAUAUAUAUAUAUAUAUAUAAAUUCAUUCUCUCGCUUUUUUUCUAUAACACACGUAGCUUUCUUAUAAAUAUUCGUUCUUUCUUUCGUUCUAUCGUUCUUUAUGUGAUCAUUAUCAAUCUAUCUGUUCAUAUCUAUCUAUCUAUCUAUCUAUCUAUCUAUCUAUCUAUCAAAUUCUGUUCAUAUCUAUCUAUCUAUCUAUCUAUCUAUCUAUCUAUCUAUCUAAUUCUGUUCAUAUCUAUCUAUCUAUCUAUCUAUCUAUCUAUCUAUCUAAUUCUGUUCAUAUCUAUCUAUCUAUCUAUCUAUCUAUCUAUCUAUCUAUCUAUCUAUCUAUCUAUCUCUGUUAUUCUCUCUUUCAGCCUGUUCAUAUCUUUCUCUCUUUCAGUUUACUCAUCUCUAUUUGUCUAUCUAUAUAUCUAUGUCUGUUUAUCUCUCAUUUUCUAUCUCCGAUGUUCAUCUAUCUAUCUAUCUAUCUAUCUAUCUAUCUAUCUAUCUAUCUAUCUAUCUAUCUAUCUGUACGCAUCUAUGUUCUUUUCUCUCUCUAGCUACCUUUUCAUCUCUCUCUCUCACAAUGUCUAUCUAUCUAUCUAUCUAUCUAUCUAUCUAUCUAUCUAUCUAUCUAAUUCUCUUCAUAUCUAUCUAUUUCUCUUCAUAUCUAUCCAUCCGAGUCUCUUCAUAUCUAUCUAUCUAUCUAUCUAUCUAUCUAUCUAUCUAUCUAUCUAUCUAUCUAUCUGCUCACCUCCAUAUAUGACUUUCUCCGUUCAUACCUAUGUUCAUCUACCCCUCCCUAGCUUUCUCUGUUCACCCACUUUCUCUCUUUCUUUAUUUUCACAUAUCUAUGUUUUAAUAUCUAUCUAUCUAUCUAUCUAUCUAUCUAUCUAUCUAUCUAUCUAUCUAUCUAUCUAUCUAUCUAUCUAUUCUGAUCAUAUCUAUCUAUCUAUCUAUCUAUCUAUCUAUCUAUCUAUCUAUCUAUCUAAUUCUGAUCAUAUCUAUCUAUCUAUCUAUCUGACCGCUUAUAUCCUUUUAUGA